UAUAUUUUUUAUACAUUUUUUUCAUCGUAAAUUAGCAUAAUUUGUUUAAUAUAAAGCAAACAACAAAUUCGCCGCGUUAGUGUUUUGUGGUGGACGUGAAUUAGUUUUUGUGCAAACACGCAUAAAUAUUCCUGUGAAUAUAGAUAUAUAUAUUUAUAUGAUUUCGCCAAGUCUCAAUGCGUCUGUGGUAGCUACAAGUGUAGUUUUUGCUGUUGUAAAUUAGCAAAGGUCAAAACGUAAGGACCGGAACAAAAGUAUGGCGCGUUUAGUAUUCAGUGAAAAACAUAAAGGCAAACAACGUUCACGGCCACGCACGAAAGGAUGGCGCGGUGUAAGCUUGCUGCUAGAGCCCACAACCAAGAACUGGUGGGAGGAUCCCGACGUAGUCGUAGCUUUCAAUCUGCCACGCAUAAGUGCCGCCCUGGAGCGUUUAAUUGGCACAAAUGUGGUGCGUCUGACGGAUCACAAAUUCAUGAGCGAGCUGCGUCAACGACUGGAGGAGGAGAGCCGCUUACAGCUGGAGCGUCGCAUAAACGCCAGAGCGCUCCGCGAAGUGGAACGUGAGCGUCUGCUAAUCAUCGAGGGCAAAACUGACGAAAUACCUGCCGAAUUGGCUGAUGAUCCAAUAUUUGUUGUCAAUAAAAUUGCGAAUAAAGAGAUACAAAAGGAGCGUGCUAAGCUCAAAACCAAUCGUGAACGCAAUGCAGAACGUUUAAAGGCACAAGGCUCGAAAUGGGAACGUGAAAGGCAAAAGUAUGUGGAGGAGGAACAACAACGCGUAGAAAAAUUAAAAGAACGUAAAAAGGAGCAAAAUGAACUUGAGGAACGUUACAAGGGCGAAGAUGCUGAACGCGGCAUGGAUUUAUUGCGCAUCGACAAUGAGGAUUGGCGCGAGUGUGAACAGGACCUGAAGCGCUUCCUUGAGGAAGAGCGCGCCAAAAUGAAGGAGCGCUCAUUGCGCAUACCAACGCCAUUCACAUCGGAUAAAUUGGAUAUAUUGAAUAUUGUGCGUGCAAGGAAAAGGUUCCGCGAAGCUGAACAACGCAUUUGCAAAGAAUUAGAGGAGGGCGCUAAGCCAAAACCCGUUGCUAAAGAUAUCAAACUCACCAAAGAACUAGCAGAAAAGACGGCUGUAAUACAAAAACAUGUGCAAGAUAUCAUACAAGCCGAAACCGAGGGCAUAUUCGAGCCGGCCAUCAGCAAGGAGGCGGCCAAAGAAAUGUCCGAACGCGAGAAGGAAGAGCGGCAAAGACGCAAAUACUUGGAUGACGCUUCUGAUGUUUCCACUGAAUCGGAGAUCUACGAACAGGGUAGCACCAUAAGCGAAUCGAAGCGACGCCAUGCCGCCGAGUUGGAGGAAGAAAUGGAAUUUGAUGUGGAGCGCGGUUAUCUCAUUUCCAAAGCACAAUUUGAGCAGUUACGCUAUCAUGAUGAUAAGAUACUUAUGCUGCAGAAAGCAUCGGAUAUGCGUGAGCUGUAUCAACUGGCCGAGGAGAUAAUAAUAGGCGAACGUGUUGAGGAAGAAAUCGUUGAAGAAGAAAUGGUGGAAGAGGAAGAGCAACCGGUCUACGAAGAGGAGGAAGAAGAAGAGCCAAUGGAUAACAAUUUCUAAUAGAUGCAAAAAAUGAUAAUUGAAAAAUACGCUAAACUGCAAAUACACAAAUACUUUGCGCGUACACGCACACUCACUAAAUUUGUUGUAGUUGUAAAUGAUUAAAUAUGGGCAUGAAGAA